CCAAUUUGUUGAAUGCACAUAAAUUUGCAAAUCUUUCCCCAUUUUCGUUUCUCUUCCUUCCCAGUUCAUGUCGUUCCAUGAUAUCUUCAUAUCCGGUGUUGUUUACUCCGACUUUGGCGUUUAGAUCUUCCAUCAGAAUAGUGAGUUUUUUCUUGGGCACUUCGCUAUGAUUGAUUGCAACUUAUCGUAUAAUUGAUCUUUAUCGUCGUCGUUGCUUUCAUUGGUGGGUGCAUAACACUGAACAACAUUCAUUGUAAUUCCCUCCUUUGUUUUGAAUGGUGCUUAGAUGAUUCUGGAUCCGUGAGUUUAAAUGGUUUAAAUUAUUUCUUCUGGUUAGCGUGUUUUUAGCGAGUUGGUUUGUGUGAAUCUCCUAGGUCUCAACUUUUGGCCACCGUAUUCAAACUAUUGGAACUCGCAAUAAGAUGCUUCAAUUUCGGCGACUACACUAAAAAGCCCAGGAAAAACCAAAAUGGAUAGACAUAUAUCAAGCUAGCUCAAAGAACUACAUAUUAUGAGGGGAACGCAAGAAUAAUGAAAUGUUCGAAAUUUAGAGGACAUGUAUCAUCACUCAUCACAACGCUCUUGCUCAACAUUGCAAAUGAGGCUGUAACGCGGCAGUUACGCACAGUUUUUAUCCGAAAAGAGGCUAUUUUAAAAUAUGAUUUCGUUCACGUUCAUGGUUGCAGUAAACUCGUUACAUCUAAUUGGGAUAAUGUCCAUUUCGUAUACCUACCUUCUGAAGAUGCAUUAAUACAUUGGUUUUCACAUGUUCAUAUGGGGAGAGGAUUUGCUGACGUUAUUAUUGUUGAAGGACUGGAUCAGUUCGUGGAAAAUGAUAAUGACGCAUCAUAUAUCAUUAGAUUAACUAAUCUACUAGAAGAUACUCGACAAUUUAUCCAUAGUUUUACGAAAGAGACUGAGCACGGUCAUAACUGUAAACUAAUAGUGUCUUCCAGUCUAAAGAGUUCUCGUACAUCCAAAAAAUCUGAUCUUGCACAAUAUCAUCGCGAUACACUUCCAGCACAUGCUAUGAUUAGAACGUUUUUUUUGCAGGGAGGAAAUGGGAGUGAUUUAUUUGACUUGUACUCAGUUGAGGAUAAUUGGAAGUUGAAUUUAAAAAGACAAUAUGAUGAAGUUUUCUGGACAACAAACCAAUAAAUUUUCAAUGGAUAGACAGAAACUUGCUUGGUUGUAAAUAAUCAUUUUUCUAUUUUUAAAUAGAAAGUCGUUUUUACUG